CCGGCAGCGCCGGGGGCGGCAGCUCGGUGCCCUCUCCGGCCUCGGGUGCUCGGCGGGGCGCCGGGCUGCGAGGGGCCGCCCCGCAGGAGCGGUGCCCGUCCCGGUCUGGCCGCGGGCAGAGCGGAGCUUGCCCUGCCCUGCCCUGCCCUGCCCCGCCGUGUGUCCCCGGCUGCGGACGGGCGGGCGGGCGCGGUGUGCCCGGGGACUGCGGCGCGGGCUCUCCGGGUGCACGCAGCGAUCCCCGUGGAGGUCCGGCUGGGCGCUGGAGGGAGAGCGGGGCUGGACUGGGACUUCUCUGCACAAGAGGCUGGUUUUGCUGAAUAGAGCCCGAUAGCAGGAAGGUCCUUAAUUAGUAAACUUACGUUUCCAAAAGACCUUUUCUCCUCGCACGUGAGCAAGAAACUUGAAGUCCUCCUUCAGUGAACUGGAAAUUCCAUUUUUUUACGUUCCUUCUUCGUUCUCCAGUAGUGACUGGAAAACCAUAUCAACCUGUUGCAAGAUCAGACAACAGACCCUGGAGCUGAGACACAGGAGCUGAAAGAUUCAUUCAGUGUUGUAUAAGAAAUGUGUGACUGCAGAUCAAGACCCAGUGUUGGCUGUGAAAAAUAUUACCACCACCAAUGAAUGGCUUGAUCUUCACUCUCAGCUCCAGAUGACCUGUUCUGUUGUUCAUAAGGAUGUCGUCUGUUACUGAAAAUGGAGACAUUACUGCUGGAAAGCCAAAUGAAGAGAAAACAUAUAAAAAGACUGCAUCCUCCGCUAUUAAAGGUGCUAUCCAGUUGGGAAUAGGAUACACAGUAGGAAAUCUUACAUCAAAAUCAGACAGAGAUGUUCUUAUGCAAGACUUCUAUGUAGUGGAAAGUGUCUUUCUACCAAGUGAAGGCAGCAAUCUAACCCCUGCUCAUCAUUACCCUGACUUCAGAUUUAAGACAUAUGCACCUCUUGCCUUCCGCUAUUUCAGAGAACUUUUUGGUAUCAAGCCUGAUGACUAUUUGUACUCAAUCUGCAGUGAACCUUUAAUUGAAUUAUCCAACCCAGGUGCCAGUGGGUCUUUAUUUUUUGUAACUAGUGGUGACGAAUUCAUCAUCAAAACAGUUCAACACAAAGAGGCUGAGUUUCUUCAGAAGCUCUUGCCAGGUUAUUACAUGAAUCUGAACCAGAAUCCAAGGACUCUUCUUCCCAAAUUCUAUGGGCUGUACUGCGUUCAGUCAGGAGGCAUUAAUAUUAGAAUUGUUGUGAUGAACAAUGUUUUGCCACGAGCCUUGAAAAUGCAUUUCACAUACGACUUGAAAGGCUCCACGUACAAACGCAGAGCAUCAAGAAAAGAGAGGGAGAAGUCCAACCCUACAUUCAAAGACCUGGAUUUCCUGCAAGAUAUGCAUGAAGGCUUGUAUUUUGACUCUGAAACACACAGUGCACUCAUGAAAACACUACAGCGGGAUUGUCGAGUUCUAGAAAGUUUUAAGAUCAUGGAUUACAGUCUGCUUCUGGGGAUCCACAUAUUGAACAGUAACACAAAGGAAAGAGAAGGAGAGUGUUCCCAGAGCACCUCAGAUGCAAAACGCCAUGGAGGGCAGAAAGUUCUCUAUUCCACAGCCAUGGAAUCUAUACAGGGACCUGGGAAGUCUGGAGACUCCUUCACCACAGAGAAAACAAACACAAUGGGAGGUAUUCCAGCAAAAAGCCAUAAAGGUGAAAAGCUGCUUUUAUUUAUGGGUAUUAUUGAUAUUCUCCAAUCUUACAGGUUAAUGAAGAAGCUGGAACAUUCUUGGAAAGCUCUUGUUUAUGAUGGGGAUACUGUUUCAGUUCACAGACCAAGUUUUUAUGCAGACAGAUUUUUAAAGUUUAUGAAUGCAAGAGUUUUCAAAAAAGUUCAAGCUCUAAAGCCUUCACCUUCAAAGAAACGGUGUAAUUCCAUCACAGCCCUAAAGGCAGCAUCACAAGAAAUAGUGUGUGCAGUUAGCCAGGAGUGGAAGGAUGAAAAGCAUGGCAUUCUUGCUGAAGGACAAAGUUAUGCCAGCCUUGAUGAAGAAGCACUAGGUUCACACCACCAGCCGGAUCUAGUGCCAAGCACUCCGUCUCUGUUUGAAGCAGCUUCCUUGGCAACCACACUUUCUUCUUCUUCCUUGAAUGCAGAUGAUCACUGUCAACGUGAUCAACCUACACUCUAUUCUAGCAGUAAAGAGUUACCUUCAAGUUCUACAUUCACUUUGGGAGACAGUGCCAUCUAUUUGACUUCAGAACAGAGCACAUUGGAAAUGGAAAAUGAUAAUGCUUCAGUUUUGGAUGUCUACUUAUAACAAAGAAUAUAUGAAGAGUAAAACUAAGGAAGUGACCAUGGUUAAUGAAGAGCACUUUCUGCACUCCUUGUUUAAGAAGAAGGAAUUUGCUGCGCCUAAUAGACAAAGAGUAAUAAUCAACAGAACUAAUUCUAAGAAGUGCCAUAGAAGUGCCAUCUUUGAACCAUAGAAAGAGUUGAUGGACUUGACAAAAAUCAUAUGAAACAUUCCACACUCUGUGUUAUCUGUCCUUGCUUGCUCAACUGUGAAGAACUGUGUAUUCAGGCUGCUUUCUACAAUAUUGCCAAUCACCUUUUUUGGACUCUGAAGUGAUAUUUUCUUAUCUCUCUAGCGGUUUCAUUUGCAUGCAUUCUGUAACUAUGCACAAGCAAAAUAUAUUAUCUACUUUACCUAUUUAAAAAUAAGCACAGUGGUGAAUAAAAUCAAUUUCAUUUUUCUGACCCACACCAUUCUAAUUGCUUAGGUUCACAUCAAUGGAAACUGGAACUGAUGUUGUAUGAGGGUUAGGGCAAAUAUCUGCUCAUACCAUAUGAAAAUGAGCUUCUAAAGAUACUUUCACUGUUGGGAAAAAGGAGAUAAAAAUGUUAUUUAUAACAAGGCCUUAUGUUCUGUACAUAUAUUGUCCUUGAAAUAUUUUUGAUUUUACUUUAUUUCUUGUAAAAGAGAAAUUCUAUAAUUUAUUUAGAAAAUACUACUGUAAACUUUAGUUUUAUUGAUGAAUAAAUGAUUUUUUUCUGAAGACUA